AUGAGUAAACUGAAAGGCAGCCGUCUCGAGACAGAAGUCGACAAAGUUCGCACAGACGGGAAUUGGAAGCGAUUGUCCGAAUUAUUACCAUCAGUAAAAUCAAAAAAUUCGGGUCUUGAAGAUUCGUAUGAGUUAUUUCAAGGCGAAAUAAUUCUUGAAACGUUUCUGGAGCAACUUGGGGAAGUUCUCAGGCCGCACAAGGAAAAUCAUGAGAAACUGAAAUCCGCCGAAUCAUAUUUAAUCACCGCUGUCAAGGAAAAAGCCAAUAAUAAUAGUGUUUUCAUGGAGGCUAGCAUAUUAUUAGCAAAAGUAUAUUACGCGUGUACAGAGUAUGCCAAAGCUUUAAACCUCAUCGAUGCAUCUGGUAUGGAAAAAGGAACGAAUCCGUUCCGAACUCUUCGAGCUCUUAGACUUGUUGCUGAAGGAUACGCAGUUAAAGGAUUGUGUUUGGAGUCGUUCGAAAGUCCGAUUCACACCCAUUCUCUGCCACUCGGUUCAGCUUCAAGUUUCACGAAUGAGCAGAAGGCGAUUAAUUGUUUUGAGAAGUCUGCGGAGCUCGCGAUUUCUUAUAUAAAUGAACUUGAAAAAACGCUGAAUUCAAAUUCGUCGAAAGGAAAUACGUCAACUAGUGGUAGUUUGCCAACUCCAGCAAACGGCACACGCCAACCGGAAAAAAUCGGCGAUCUCCUUGAGCGAUGUCUCGAACGCGUUGCGAUGCUUCGCGCCAAAGACACUGUAGCACAGCGAAAAAAUGGAAGCGAAGGAAUUGAAUGGUAUCGACGAAUUAUAACAUGUUUGGGCGACAAGUCGACCGGCGAACGAUUGCAACUGAAAAUGUCGCGGCAAUUGGCUGAACUGUUAAUUAGAGCAGCGGUGCCCAGCGAGGACAAGUCAGCGAGCGAGGCGAUGAAUAUGAAAAGUCAAAAUUUGAACUUCUACACGGGUUCCCAUCGAGGCUAUUUUGCGCCAUCGUCUCGCGUCGAAGAAAUCGUUCUUCUUCUAUUGAUCAGCGAGGUUUUGUCGACAAGAGAAGUGGUUUUAUCGCGAUCCGAAGAGUUGACGAGUUCGCGAAUCGAAUCGCUUCAAAAUGCGAAAUCGGCCUACAAUUUGCUCACACUGGUGCUGUCAACUCUCCGCCAGUAUCACAUUCUUGCCAACAUCUACGAGCGAGCCAUGAAAUUCGCCAACAAUGAUUCAUUUUUGUGGCAACAAUUCGCGUUGUCGUCGAUUUGUCGUGGGCGAUACGCGCGUGCUGCUCGUGUACUUGAGCAGUCGAUUAUGUCAUCGAACAUCGACAGCGAAUCGUCGCCGUCGAAAGUGCGGCAUCGAGCUGCGACUGUGGAUCAGAAGGAGAAUGAUGGCGAUGAAUCGGCGCUUCAUUUGACCAACAAUCCUUCAUGCGCGCUUUCGGUCAUAUCUGAAUAUCUUCUUUUGUCGCAGCUUUAUAUUGAGAAAUUUGGAAAUUACAAAUCAGCCAUAGAAUAUUCUGAAAAAGCCAUUGAGUUGUGCUCAAAAGACGGUCAAUUGACUUUUUUGAAAGCACGUUGUCAACUGAUUCACGCGAUUGCUACCGGACAAAAUGCGAUGCUGGAAACUGCGUGGGAGUCGAAGAAGUCGAAAUUGGCGAGUGCGGUGAAACUGAUCGAAGAAUGUGUGUCAUCGGAUCCUCAUGAUUAUCUUGCUCUUUAUUAUUCUGCAUAUUAUCAUGCGCUAUCGAGAGAUCUUGAAUCAGCCAAGGAUCGCUGCUCGCGGAGUUUAGCGUUGAACGGAGAUCAACCGGCUGCUGUCAUGCUUCUCGCGUUGAUAUUCACAGCCUAUGGGGAUUUGAAGGGAGCUCUGGAACUUGUUGUCACAUCGCUUCAGGAAUUCGAAACCAAUUAUGGACUUUUGGUGCUCAAAUUGCAAAUUGAGACAAAAUUUGGACGGAUUGAGGAGAGUUUGGACACUUGUACGCAUCUUCUUGAUUUUUGGAAAAAGAGGGACGCGAUGACGAUUAUUGGGCAUUCGGGUGGAGUUGAUGAGGAUAAAUCGCAGGCGACGUUGAAUGGAAUGGAUUCGAAUUCGGUGAUGUUGGGAAGAGAUGGAAGCAUGAAAACUGGAACUCCCUCUCUUGGACGCGAAAUCUCGACACCGGUCGUUCCAGGAGCACCAUUGUCAUCGUUCUCGAAUACCGUCCCAUUGUUGAAUUCACUUCCAACAAAUGCUUCAGGAAUGGACAUUUCAAGUAAGAAUUUAUUUGCUGACAGCGGUGUGACGAUUUCUGACAAUGGGCAUUCAUCGGCGAGCGAUAGUGGCACGAAUACGGCAUCGGCGGACGCUUGGUCGAGAUUCCGAGCGCAAGCUGAUAUUUGGAUGUCACUUACCGAGUUGUACUUGGCCGAGGGACGAUUGGCCGAUGUGACGAAAUGUGUGGAACAGGCGAUCGGAUUGUUCCCACAAUCGCCACAAGCGAUUUAUAUGAAGGGGCGGCUACUCGGAUGUCGGGCUGAGAAUCUGAAGGAUCGGAACAUGGCGAGCAAGAUUCGCGGAGAAGCAAAAUCUACCUACUUGUCGGCUUUGGCGUUGUGUCCGAAUCAUGUGCAAUCGAUGAGCGCUCUAGCGAAAUUGUACGAAGCCGAAGGAAAUCAAAUGAUGGCCGAACAUAUGCUUCGAGAAAUGGUGCGAAAUGAUCCGCUGAACUGCAAUUGGUGGCAACAGCUCGGAUGUUCGUUGAUGCGUCGCGGAGAAGCCGACCAAGCCACCGAAUGUCUCACAGCAGCCUCAAAUCUCGACAGAUCCACGCCGUUGCUGCCGUUUUCGUUCAUCUCUCCCGUAUUCCCCGCGGGAUUCUAA